UGUGGGGGAGUGUGGCUGGAGUUCGUGAUCACUUCCUGUGACUAUGAUCCCUUCUGGCACGCAGACAUAGAUUUCUACUCCCCCAAUAGCCCAAAACCGACAUUCGACCAGCAACAGAACGGCAAUUUAGACCCACAAUCCCGCAGCCCUUCACAACAACAACAACAACAACAACAACAACAACAACAACAACAACAACAACAACAACAACAACAACAACAGCAGCAGCUUCCGAAAGCGACAAUGGUGGACCAGCUGCACAGGAAGGUGGUGGUGGUGAGUCCAGACAACUCCAGAGAGGGCGUGUACAAAUUGAGGCUGAGUGGCUUCAGACGCAACACCACAGUCAGAAUAUUCACUUCGGAGAGCGAUCAGAGCAACUACCGGAGUGUGUUCUACCCUACGAGUAACAACAGUGGGGAGGUUUGGGCUGAACUGGGGCAGUCGAAUCACUUGAAGAACAUGUGGCUCAGCUGGCCCAGAAUGCCACGCCCUUAUGAAGACAUGGGCGAGCACUUGACAUGUCUCACUGUCGUCUCAUACACUGCAUUCGACAGGUGUUCCAGCUGUGUAUAUUCGGCCAUGCAGGACAGUGGGUUGAGUGGGAGUGGAGUUAUGUAUGGGCAAUGCAUGAAACCUUUAUUUAGAAAGUGUGCCACCAACUACAACUACGAACCAUACCUUCCCGAGGAAUUGCGUUACGAGAACGAGAAAACGAUUGGGUUGAUUUCGAAGAUGCACCCAGUGACAGGUUUCACCACCCCCUACUUCUCCCAAGUGGUGCCGAGGGGGGAGUACAAGGAGCGGGCCAGUCCAUUCAUGCUCAGAUAUCUCUCCCUAAGACCGAAAGAGGAGAUCAGGAUGGACCUGGAGGAAGUGAUUCAGAUGAACUGGUCCAGGAUAUACCUCCUAGUUCAGCCCUGCUAUACGCCCGUGCGGGUGAAGGUCGGCUCUGCGAAGCGAGUAGUGAAGGACUCCCUGGAAGUGUUCCAGGUCUCCUCCGUCUCGUCUCCCUACUCUUCCUCCUACUCAACUGUCAAGUUGAGAAACGGACACAAACAGAUCAUAGCUAUGCGAUAUUUCUUCACAGAUGACGUCAGCAGCCACAGUCCACUUUCGUUCACAUCCGAAAUCCGAGUCAGUCUGGAGACGACCAAGAACGACUGCGCCUCCCCCACACUCACCCUCUAUAAUUCAGAACCCGAGACACACUAUUGCGUAAUAGCCACAGAAAUGAGACACGCGAGUGACCAGCUCUCCGAUUACGAGACGUCCAAAUGUAUGAACCCGAGACGAGACCCGAGUGGUUUCGAGCGCCGAAAGUGGGAAGUGUGUCACAUAACUCCAUCGUUAUCCUACUUCGCACUGGACCCUCUGAGGCAAUCUAAACUAGGUCUGGAUACCUUUCCCACACGAACUGAUUUGGCAGUCGAAAUAUUCGCAAGGCCAGCAAACAACUUUUACGCCCUGGAAGUGUGGUCCAAAGUGGGAGAUAUUUUUCAAGCCCAAAUUGAGAGCUGCUAAAUUGAGCUUUGUAAAUUACUGAAUUUCCUGCACAGUUUUGUUUUAAUUAAAUCAUUUAUAUUUUUU